UGUGACCAGGAAGCAAAUAGCACGUUAGCUCGUUUGCCAUUUGUUUUUUUUUUACCGGAAUCUGUGACGUAAAUUCAACACCCGGUUAUUCGGUGGCUCGGUUUUAAUCGCAGUUAAUAUAAAGUGUAGAGUUUGAAGUCGUGGCUAACUUCCUGCUGCCGGUGUAUUUGUUUGCUAUGAUGCUAGUUAGCUAAGCUACAGUAGCUAAGGAACAAGGUGCAGCAUGAAAGCCAUGAUAAUGAGGCAGUGUGUUCUUCAUGGACCCAGAAGAUCAUGUCUCUGAUCCUGUUUGCCUUCGUGGUUCGGGUCAGGGAUGGACUCCCCCUGUCAGCCUCCACAGACUUUGAACACAACCAAGAGCUCCAGGAGAGGAAGCAGCAGCUCAGGACAAUCAGCAAAGUGCUGGGACGCUUCCCUGACAGAGGCUCCGUCAAGGGCCAGGAGCUCAACAUAUUCUUCAUCUCUUCAGAGGGUGUAUCCUACAUGACUGUGUGCCACUGCAGCCUCCCUGUUGCUAAGGCCUUCUGCUUCCUGGAAGAUCUGCGCUGGGAGUUCACAGCAUGUUUCAGUAGCACUGUUGUUACCUUGGCAGCCAGGCCAUAUCCAUUUUUGGAAUUUGACGGCACCAUUCAGAAGUUGAAGCAGCAGUACAACCAGAGUGGUGGUCCGGCCCUCGAGGUGACGCUGGCAGAAGUCCAGGAGGAUUUGAGGAUCCAUCCACUACAAGUGAUUAACUUGGAUGAGGUGGAGCUCACCAACGGCAUCGCAAAUGGGCAUAUGGAGCAAGGUCCUGGAUCUGGUCCGAAUGUGAGACUUCAACCAGUGACGGCGCCGGGAAUCCUUUCUCUGGUCCUGAACAUUGUGUGUGCGUCGUUGAACGUAAUUCGUGGUGUGCACCUCAUAGAGAACACGUUCCAGGACGACUACGAAGGCAUAUGGAAUGUUGUGGCAUUUCUUCUGGCGUUUGUCUGCUGUGUGUCUCAGUGCCACCUCUACCUGUUCCAUUCAUCCCUGAAGAAACUGGUGUCCUUCACUCUGUUGAGCGUGGUCGUCCUAUGCAACUUGUACCUGCUGGGCCUGAGGAACAUAUGGCAGAUGAUCUUUCACAUUUCAGUGGCCUCGCUCUCCACCGGCCUCACCCUCACCCGCAAAGUCCAGGACAGAACCAAUGACUGCGGGGUGUGAGGAGCUCAGGAUACUUAACAGUGUUGCACCGCACCCAGCACAGGUGAGAAUAACAUUGAAGACAAUGUGUUGAUCCAUACGAGUUAUGGUGAUGCCCUGCCCUUUAACAAAAACAUUCACAAACUUUGUGUCAUCAUAGACAAUGACUUGUGUACUUGCACUUUGUGUGAACUGUUUUCCUACACUGCACCAAACAUACACUGUAUGCAGUUUUUUUUUCUGGAUUCUUACAAAUAUCUUGUAAACCCUAAACUAACUCUGUAAAAUGAAGGAAGAAGGAGAUGCAAAUGUUGAUAAAUCUCCGUCACACCCGUCCUGUUCUAAAUGUUUGUGAAGGGAAUGCAGGUGUUAGCUUUUUUUAGAUAUUGACCAAAGGUGUUCUCAUAGAAACUACAAUGUUGUUGAAGCUGGUUAUACUUGGGAUUUUAAAAUGAAGCGCUCAGUAUUAUUUCUGCAACCACAUGUCAUUGAUUAUCUUUGCAAUAAUCAGUUUACAAUGCUCGGUGGUGGUUCUUGAUUGUCAUUUGAUUUAGUUAUACUUGAAUAAUAGGCAUUUGGAAGAUAAUUAAAUACUCCAUUAGGUAUUGGUGGCAGUGAGAUAUUUACACUAUCAAACUAGUUUGAUUAAAAAUUUGAGAAAUCCAUGUAAAGUUAACGCAGCUUUUUUAUUUGUUUUUAAUUAUUUGCUCAACCGGCCACAAAAAGUGCCCAAAUUCAAAGAUGUAAUUGUUAAACAAUAGGUUGUUUCUGCCUUAUAAUGUGGGAUGAUGCGAAUAUAAUUGAUUCCAUUUAUUUAAUUUCAUCAUCUGAUAAAGAGAUUCACCGGUAAGUGCUCAGCAAGCUCAACUGUAAGUGCUCUGUUCAUAAUAACUUCACAGAAAAGACAUCAGUACUGAGACAUAUCUUUUACUCACAAUCUACAUUCAACACAGCUUUUGUCUCAUUUAUCACACAAUCUCCAAAUCAAACAUUUUUGUACAGUCAAAGCAAAUAUAAGUGUUUUACUUUCAUCUUAUUCUACUAAUCCCUACAUUGUAAAAAUGUAAACUGCGGGUAAAAAUAUGAAAGCACUGAUUAGAAGGGUAAUUAUUUGAAAAUGUCUAAAAAAUAUAUAUGUCUGCACUAUUCGGUUCCUUUUGUUUGUCAUUGUUGAAUAUAUUCCAUAUUGGGUUUAGCUUAAUGAUAUUUAAUACCGGAUUCCAGUUUAUUUGAUUGAGUUUUUUUGUGUUUGCUCCUUAAUUGUUAUAAACAUAGAAAUCGUAUGAUUCCACUUUUAUAUUUCAACAUAGGAAACAUCAUUGUAGCGCUGCUUAAUAACUGCAAGUCUCCUUGAGGGUAAUUUUGUAUAUUUAUCUCCUUAGUUAAUCAGUUUUUAUUGCUGAAAUGCUGCACUGGUGGCAGUUAGGCAAAGGAAAUUCAAGUGUUAGUUGAUGGUGAUAGUUUUGUGGCUGCUGUAGAACUUUAGAUGCUUUGCCUUUUUAUUGAAUUGUUCUCUCAUUUAAUCAGGAAAGUGAGACGGACAACAAACAUUUUAUGACUCUGCUCAGACCUGGUUUUAAUGUCUGUUCUGAGUUAGUACAGAUGUGAACAGUCACCAUGCUUCCUCAAUGCGUCUUUAGAUCCACACACACAAACACGUUGAAACUCAAAAUCAUUUGUUCUUGUCAACAGAAAUUAUAUGUUCAUUUGUAUUUUGGAGAGGGGAAGUCCGAUCCUAUCACAAGUCGUCACCAUGGAGACAUAUUCAGGAGGCAUUUUAAUGCCAGGUGUGAACAGACGAACUUAGUGCACUUGUGAUGGGAUCUUCUUUAGGGGAUGUUAGUACCAGGCCUUUAUCUCGUCCAACAAGCCAAAGGUCCUUUACCAUAAAGUACAAGUUGUUCAGAAAAGCAAGUUUUGCUUGUAGUUUAGUCCAUAAACUUUGUGAUUGCUGAUUUUAAAAUGUUUUAAACACAGUAAACAAGUCAAAGUACUAAUGAUGCUGCAUGUUUUUUUCUGUGAUAUAAUACUUUUGAUACGAACUCACCAUUUCCACUCAGAUAAGUGCAUAUUUACACCAUUUUAAUUCCACUGUUGACCGAAUGUAAUGUAAGAAUGAAAUGUUUUAAAGAUCCAAGCAGAACCAAAUAAUGUGGAGGAUAUUUUAAUACUCAAAAAGAGCAUUAAGGAUACCAAUGUUUAAUAUGUGGGUAUUUAAACAUACAGUAAAUGUAUUGUUCAGGUGAAACAUGUGGCAGCCAUCUUUUAUUUAUUAUUAUCGGAAUUCUUGACAGAAAACAGUUUGUAAAUUUGAUAAUCAUUGACGUUCAGAGAAGAAAGCUGAAGGACGAUGUGUCAGUCUCCAGGACACUUUGUCUUGUUCAAUACAAAAUCCUGCAACUUGUUUUUAUAUUUAAUGAGACUCACACGAGGUUGAUGCAGCUGUGUUUGUGUCUGCAGCCUGUUUAUAAUGAUGAGAACUUACGGGGAUAUUGUCAUUCAUUGUAUCUGCCAAAUACACUGGUGUUUACGGGGCUUUGUUUUUUUCCUGCAAUGGUAAAACUGACAUUUCAUUAAUAAACAGUGUCUUUUUUUC